AUGGUACAGCAGAUCUCCGUUUGCCUAAGAGGCUCACGUGUACUUACCGACCAUGAGGUUCAGAUAAUCCGUGCCGAGCCUACAGAAUCCCAGCAGGCCGCACGCCUCCUGCAAACACUCCUGCGCAAGGGCAGCAAGUCAUGCCUGCUCUUUUUCCGAUGCCUGAGUGCAUGUGACCGGUCGCUCUUCCAUACCGUUACUAGAGGUGCAGUGAAAGUAUCCGAUGAAGAUCACCGUCAUGAGAACUGUUCAUUUUCAGGAACAACUGGAAGCAAUCCCUCAAGUAUCAUAAAUAUUCACAAUUCCCUACUGACCAACUGCAUUAUUGGAAGCAACAAUGGCUUCCGCUGUCAACUCUCUAAGCCUGAUGUCACUAGUGGUACAGUGGAGCCUAUGCCAAGGAGUGAUCAGCAGAUGGCAACAUCAGACCCGGCGCAAACCAUUCAGGUGGAAAGCUCAAAAGUAAAGUAUGUCAUUAUUGGGGACAACAACCAUAUGAGCGUUACCUGUGUGGAAUCAGAACCUGAGGAAGAAAUUGAGAGCGAGUUUGAAGAUUUGGAUGGAUGACGGGGAUGAAAUGGAACUUAAGCUGUAACUUAUUAUUUAGAUGAUGGAUUUUUCUAUGGAUUAUAGUGCAUUAAACACACUAUCAUUUGUCAUGAUGGUACAUUAAACUUUACAUUAAAGGCAUUGGAUUAUGCCUUACUUCAGAACCCAGUGAAAACCAGUUAUGGUUAGGAAAGUAUGCACAUUUGUGUGACACAUUUGUAAAGUUUUCUGAUAUGUGAAAGCUGCUGUAUCAUAAGGUGUUAGUGUUGCUACAUUUCUGUUAUUUCUGUUACAAAAUGAAUUCAGACUGUGGUGUGUAUUUUUGAUAGGCCACAGAUCACCUUUGAGCCCUGCUCUUUUAUGCAUGUGGUUUUUUUUUCAUUUCCGUUUUUAUAUGUAUAUUAUAUGUAUAUUUUAAUAUAAAUAUGUGUAUUUAUUAAAUUUUUUACCUAUUUA